UUUUUUGAUGGGCUCGCCGAUCUUGUUGUUAUGGAUUCUCCAAAUCGCGCAGAUUUCCUUGUGGGGCUAAAAUCAGGAGGAAAGUACGAUCAAAUCGUGGGCAUCUACCGGCACAACACCUCCGCAGACCGCAUCGGUGUCUUUGAUGAAGAGAUUAUCGAUGCUCUGGCUGAGACGGGCACUGUUAAGUGGAUCGCGCAUAAUGGUGCGGGUUACGAUCAGAUCGAUGUCUCACGAUGCGCAAACAAAGGUGAUUUCCAUAUCCUGCAUCUGUUGGGUCUUUCAUCAAUGAUGUUUCACGGGCUUACAUCCGAUUUAGGCAUCAGCGUGUCUAAUACCCCUGGCGCUGUUGAUGAUGCGACUGCCACUACGGCGUUGUACCUUGUCAUCUCUUGUCUCAGAAAUUACGCUUGGGCCGAACAAUCCCUUCGCCAGGGGACUUUCAAAUCGGGCCUCGACCCUGGGCGGGCACAUGAUGUUACGGGACGCACGCUGGGUAUCUUAGGUCUUGGCGGUAUCGGUCUUAGGCUUGCUCAUCUAGUACACGCAUUCCCUAUGCGCGUUGUCUAUUACUCGAGGAAUAAGUCUGCCAAUGCACCAGAGUGGUGCGAGUACAUCGACAGCUUGGAAGGGCUCUGUCGAGAAAGUGAUGUUCUGAGCUUGCAUGUCCCUUUACGUAACGAGACAGUUCAUCUGGUGGGUGAGAAGGAGAUUCGGACGAUGAAGAAGGGCAGCAUUAUCGUGAAUACCGCGCGUGGAAAGGUCAUCGACGAGGAGGCGAUGAUUCGCGCUCUUGAAGAUGGUCAUUUGUCGUCUGUUGGCCUAGACGUAUACCCAAACGAGCCUCUCGUCAAUCCGCGUUUACUCGAAUUCCCGCAAAACGUGCUCCUCCCCCACAUGGGAACAGAGAACCAGGAUUCUCAGCGCCACAUGGAGGUUCGUGCGCUCACUAACUUGAGAGACUUCCUUCGCGAUGGCCAAGGGAAUGACCUAAUCCCCGAGUUGCGGAGUAAACUGUGAUGGUCAAUUCUGAAAUAUUACAAUAAGAUGGCAUAGCGCAUAUAUAUUCAAGCUCCAUGUGUGCAUAUGGGCGGCAUUGGAACAAUUCCAUCAGAUAUGCCACUAGCACUGACAUAUGUACAUAGUGUCGAUCAAUGACAAUCAUUACGAGACCUAACAUUC